UACAGAUUAUUGACAGGUGACGUUGCCCCUGUGGUGUUCUGACCACCCCAACUUCUGCACGCCAUCACACUUUGGUUAAAAGUGUUGAGGAAAAUACAUACAGUGUACACCAUCAAAGGCUCAUAUGCAUGGUUGUGCACAGCACACGAUCAACGUUAAACAGCGUAGGUCUACAUUUUGUUUCGUACGGACGUUAUUGGCGCGGACAGCGGGAACCAUGACAACCAGUAAACAAAAUCACCCAGAGCGAGUGGCAAGUAGGCGAGUGAGCAAGUAGCGAGUAAAUAGCAGCGAUGUGUGUGUACGGCCCUUAAGGGGAAAGUUCUGCAUUUGGGUGCCCUCGUUAACAUGCGGCGUGACAGAUGACUGUUAGUUAGCCAGCUGGGCAGUGGAAGCCUCUAACCCCCUGCCCCCCCCCCCCCCCCCCCCCAAAACCCUUCCGCUCACACACCUGCCAACAUGAAUGGUGGUGUAAAUAUUUGGGCCAUCACGCCAGAGGAGCGCACCAAGCAUGAUCGGCAGUUUGACUCCCUCACCCCUACGCUUGGAUAUGUCUCAGGAGAACAGGCGCGGAAGUUCUUCCUCCAGUCAGGGCUUCCUGCUUCAGUGCUGGCGGAGAUCUGGUCGUUGGCGGACAUGACUAGCGAUGGUCGUAUGGACCGCCUGGAGUUCUCCAUCGCCAUGAAGCUGAUCAAGCUGCAACUGCAGGGUCAGCCCCUCCCCUCCGCCCUGCCCGCCGUCAUGAAGCAGACGCCCGCCCCCUCCAUUAUGACGUCAUCCACACGCUUUGGGAUGGGCUCCAUGCCAAACCUCUCCCUCAUGCCCACCUCCUCUGCCAACAUGAUGCCCAGCAACGCCACCUGCAACGCCAAUGCCACUGCCCCUGCUGCCCCCACGCUGUUGCCCCUGCCCCUGGGGGGCCUGGCGCCCCCCAACGCACUGGGAUGCCCCCCUCUGUUGCGAGGGAUGGGAGUGGGGGUUGGGCUGGGGCUGGGGCUGGGGGGUGGUGGCGGUGGCAUCCCCGUGCCUGUGCCAGUGUCAGUGCCCAUGAUGCCCACCUCCCUGAGUAACCCCGCCCUGCCCAAUGGGGGGGUGGAGGGGUUGGGGCUGGGGCUGGGGCUGGGGUACGGGGGCGGAGGCGGCAACGGAAGCAUCCUCGCACCAUCGUCUGUUGCCGGGACAACAGGUCUGUCUACCUCCACAUCUUUCCCAUCUGGUGCCAGUUUGAGUAAGGCCCGCUCUCUGCUUGACCUGGGCUCCAGUAGCUCCAACUCCUCCUCCACCACCUCGCUGGCCAGCAUCUCCCCCAAGAAGGGCUCCUCCGACUGGGCCGUCCCACAGGCCUCGCGCCUCAAGUACCGCCAGCAGUUCAACAGCCUGGACAAACUCAUGUCCGGAUACCUGUCAGGACCUCAGGUCAGAACUACACUGACUGCUUCAAACCUGACUCAGACACAGCUCGCCACCAUCUGGAACUUGGCGGAUGUGGACCAGGACGGGCAGCUGCAGGCGGACGAGUUUAUCCUGGCACUGCACCUGGUGGACCUGGCCAAGACCGGCCAGCCCCUGCCCCUCUCCCUGCCCCCCGAACUGGUGCCCCCCUCAUUCAGGUCUAGCGGUAAGAGCGGCGAGAUGGUGAAUGGAACAGGCCCGCCCCCCUGUCCUGCAGCAGAACUCUUGGAGCCGGAGAUGCCAAUCAAGACCAAGACCAGCACGUCGGUGGCGUCGUUGGAGGACCGCAAGAAGGAGAACUUCCAGCGUGGCAGCGCAGAGCUGGAGAAGCGGCGGCUGGCCCUGCAGGAGGAAGCCCGGAGGGAGGAGGAGAGGAGGGAGGAGGUGCGCAGGGAGGAGGCGCGGCAGAGGCAGCUGCGCGAGGCACGCCACCAGGAGGCGCUGCGGGCACAGGAGCAGGAGAGGAGGAGGCAGCGCGAGAGGGAGCUGGAGAGGCAGAGGGAGGAGGAGAGGAGGAGAGAGGAGCAGAGGAUAGAGGCGGAGCGUCAGGAGCUCCAGAGGAGGCGUCAGCAGGAGCAGGAGGAGAUCAGCAGGCUGAAGGCUCGCAAGCGGACCCUGCAGCUGGAACUGGAGGCCGUGGGCAACAAGCACAAGCAGAUCUCGGACUGUCUCCGUGACGCGCGCAGCAAGCGGCAGAUCCAGAGGGCGGAGCUAGAGCUUGUCAAUCAGAGGAGAGACGGCAAGAUCGCAGAGAUCAGCUCCCUGCAGUCACAGCUGGAGGAUUUCCAGCGGCAGCUGUCACAGCUGAUCCCAGAACAGCAGCAGCUGAAGGAGAAGUUGAGGACCAUCGGCCUGAAUAAAUCCAACUCGUCUGCGGUGAGCUCGGUGAAGAGCAGCGUGUCCGUGAAGCAGCUGGGCUGCAGGAAACUGAAGGAACAACUGGACGCCCUGGAGAGAGAGACCACCGCCAAGCUCUCAGAGAUGGACCAACACCACAGAGACCUCAAGGACCUGCGUGAAAAGCAGACGAAGCAGCAGGGGGUGCUGGACGGCUUGGUGCGCGUGAAGGAGGAGAAGGUGCGAGAGCUGCAGUGGAGGAAGAAGGAACUGGAGGAGAAGAGGAGGCGCGAGGAGGAGGAGGCGGCCAGGCGUGCCCAGCUUGAGCUGGAGCUCCAGCAGCAGGAGGAGGAGAGGCAGCGGCAGCGGCAGCUGCAGCAGGAGAAGGAGGCCCAGCAACGGGAACAGGAGCAAAUCGAGGCCCAGGCUAGGCUUCAGAAGGCCCAGGAGCAGGCCCAAGAGGAGGAGCGGAGCAGGAGGAGAGAGAGGGAGGAGAAGGAAGAGCAGGAGAGGAUGAGGAGGGAAGAGGAGGAGCAGAAGAGGAAAGAGGAGGAGGAAGAAGAGGCGGCAGUGGCGGCGGAGGUAGAGUCGGAGGCGGUCGCCAGGCAACAGGAUGUGUUGCUGUUGGGUACCGGGGUAGCGGAGGACCUCCAAGCUCAGCUCUCGGCGCUCUUCAAAGGCGUGGACGACAAUGCAGAAGUGAAGCCCCCUCCGAGGAGGUGUACGUUCCUGACGCCGUACCGAGCGCUCUACCCCUUUGCUGCACGCAACGGAGACGAGCUCACACUGGAGGCCGGAGUCAUAGUGGAGGUGAACGAGGGCACGGUGGGCGAGCCUGGCUGGUUCUAUGGCAGCUGCCAGGGCAGGCUGGGCUGGUUCCCACAGAGCUACGUGGAGAAAUGCUCCAGCAGCGGCCUGGCAGGAGAGGAGGCUGCAGCCACGGAGCCUCCCCCCGUAAACACUCACCACGCCUGGGCUACUGACGCAGCCAACACCACCCCCCCUGGCCCUGGUGCUGAGAGCCUAGGGGGUGCUAUCCAAGAUGAAGACCCGACGUCAGGAGGUGCCACCCGGCUGGAGGAGACCCAGACCUCGACGUCCCCCCUCUCCUCCAGCUUCUCCGACACGCCUGACGCCACACACACACCUGAACAGGUGAGGGCGCUGUGCUCCUGGACGGCCAAGUCGGAGGGCCACCUGAGCUUCUCCCAGGGUGACAUCAUCUCGGUUCUGCAGAGACAGGAGACCUGGUGGCUCGGGGAACUGAACGGAACCCAGGGCUGGUUCCCCAAGACCUACGUCACCCUGCCAGUGGGAGAGGGGACCUCAGAUCAGCUACAGUCUGCCGCCGAUGAAUCAGAUUUUUCAGAUGGCUGUCAGCUUGAAGAGUUUGUGGCCCUGUACACGUACGAGAGCCCGGAGGCGGGGGACCUGACGUUCCGUGUGGGAGAUUCCAUCCUGGUGACGGAGAGGGAGGGGGAGUGGUGGAAGGGCUGCAUCGGGGACCACACGGGCGUCUUCCCAUCCAACUACGUCAAACCCAAAGACACCUGUGCAAACAAACCUGGUGCCACAACUAAGAAACCUGAGAUUGUGCAGGUGACCGGUGUCUCUGAGGCCACCACGCCGGAGCAGCUGAGCCUGAGCCCCGGCCAGCUGAUACUCGUGCUGGCCAAGAACUCCUCAGGAUGGUGGCUCGGGGAACUGCAGGCGCGGGGCAAGAAGCGCCAGAGAGGCUGGUUUCCCUCUGCCAACAUCAAGGUGCUGGGCACCAAUAGCGGCAAGUCCACUCCUGCCCCACAGCCAAUCUGCCAGGUCAUCGCCAUGUAUGACUACAAGGCAGCCAACGAGGACGAGAUGAGCUUCUCCAAAGGUCAGCUGAUCAGCGUGCUCAACCAGGACAACGCUGAUUGGUGGAAAGGAGAGAGCAACGGGGCGACGGGGCUCUUCCCGACCAACUACGUCAAGAUGACCACAGAGACAGACCCCAGUCAGCAAUGGUGUGCGGAUCUGAUGAGCUUGGAGAGUAUGAGUGCCCCGGAGAGGAAGAGACAGGGCUACAUCCACGAGCUGAUCCAGACAGAGGAGAGAUACCUGGAAGACCUGGAGCUGGUGCUGGAGGUGUUCCACAAGCCCAUGGCUGAGUCUGGUCGGCUCACGGAGGCAGAGAUGGGUGUCAUCUUCAUCAACUGGAGAGAACUCAUCAUGUGCAACACCAAACUGCUCAAGGCUCUGCGCGUGCGUAAGAAGUUGGGCGGGGAGAAUAUGCCGGUGCAGCUGAUCGGGGACAUCUUGGCGUCGGAGCUGGGCCACAUGCAGGCCUACAUCCGCUUCUGCAGCUGCCAGCUCAACAGUGCCGCCCUGCUGCAAAACAAGACAGACAACACCCCCGACUUCAAGGACUUCCUCAAGAAAAUCGCCACUAACUACCGCUGCAAAGGGAUGCCACUGUCCAGCUUCCUGCUCAAGCCCAUGCAGAGGAUCACGCGCUACCCACUCCUCAUCAAGAAUAUCCUGGAGAACACUCCGGAAGGUCACGGUGACCAGAGUGCCCUGCGUGACGCUCUGGAGAAGGCGGAGGAGCUGUGUCUGCAGGUCAACGAGGGCGUCCGCGAGAAGGAGAACUCGGAUCGCCUCGAGUGGAUACAGAACCACGUGCAGUGCGACGGCAUUAUAGAGCACCUGGUCUUCAACUCUCUGACCAACUGCCUGGGUCCGCGGAAGCUGCUCCACAGCGGGCGUCUGCACAAGAGCAAGAGCAGCAAGGAGCUGUGGGCCUUCCUCUUCAGCGACUUCCUGCUCCUCACCUCCACCUCCAAGCCCUUCUCCGCCUCCUCCUCCUCCUCCUCGUCCGCCGCCGAGAAGCUCUUUGGCGCCAAGUCCAACGCCCAGUACAAGAUGUACAAAACGCCGGUCUUCUUGAACGAGGUGCUGGUGAAGAUGCCCUCUGACCCCUCCAGCGACGAGCCGCUUUUCCACAUCUCACACAUCGACCGCGUCUACACACUCAAGGCGGACAGCAUCAAUGAGAGGACCACUUGGGUUCAGAGGAUCAAAGGAGCGUCGGAGCACUUCAUCGAAACGGAGAAGAAGAAAAGGGAGAAGGCUUAUCAAGCGCGUUCUCUGAAGACCAGUGGGAUCGGACGGCUUCUGGUGACGGUGCAGGAAGCAUCAGAACUCAAGUCCUGCAAACCCAACGGCAAGAGCAACCCGUACUGCGAGCUGACGAUGGGGGCCCAGUGCUACACCUCCAAGGCCAUCAGUGACACCCUGAACCCCAAGUGGAACUUCAGCUGCCACUUCUUCAUCAAGGACCUCUACCAGGACGUGCUGUGCAUCACCGUCUUCGAAAGGGACCAGUUCUCCCCCGACGAUUUUCUCGGGCGGACCGAGGUCCCCGUGGCGACCAUCAAGAAGGACCAGGAAGUGAAGGGCCCGGCCAAUCGGAGGCUGCUGCUGCACGAGGUCUCCACAGGGGAGGUGUGGGUGCGGCUGGACCUGCAGCUCUACGACCCUGUCACCCACAAAUGACCUUGAGGUGGUGACCUACGACCCCGUCACCCACAAAUGACCUUGAGGUGGUGACCUACGACCCCGUCACCCACAAGUGACCUUGAGGUGGUGACCUACGACCCCGUCACCCACAAAUGACCUUGAGGUGCUGACCAACGACCCGUCACACACAAAUGACCUUGAGGUGCUGACCAACGAUCCCGUUACACACAAAUGACCUUGAGGUGCUGACCAACGACCCCGUCACCCACAAGUGACCUUGAGGUGGUGACCUACUACCCUGUCACCCACAAGUGACCUUGAGGUGCUGACUAAAAUGACCACAAGGAUGGUGAUGAUGAUGGUAAUGAUGUUGACCCACAAGUGAUUUGAUGUUGAUGAGGAUGAAAUGCAUCUGAAGGCCUCCCCCACCACCCAAUUUAUGCAAUGUACUCGGGAGCAAAUUUUUAAAAAAAGAUGGUGAAGAAAAAGCUGCUGCUGCUGCUGCUGCUGCAGAUGAUGAUGAUGAUGAUUACGCUAAUAGUGAUACUGGUCUGAGACCAGUGCAGCACACAUUUACAGACUUUUUGCCAUUUGUGGUACUGUACCUCCAGGCUCUCAAGGCGACACAAAACUCAAAACACAUAAUGUAAACAACCACUGAACACACGAAACAGCUUGUGCAAAAAUGCUAAAAAAAAACAAAUUCGACUCCAAAGUGGAGUGUACAUAUGAUUCAUCAAAUAACCCAAACCAUAACGCGGAUAUUAACAACGUGGCCUAAAACCACACCAUCAACAGUGACCUGCUGACGUCCAUUGCUUCACUAAGUUUUGGCCUUGUUUUUUCGUGAGAUUUUUAUGCAUUUUUAAUUGAUAGAGACAGUGAACAACAAAUGGUUGGGAGGGAGAGAUGGGGGAAGGAUCAUGAAAUAACCUCGGGCGGGAAUCGAACCCUGGUGUAACAGUACGUUGCCUUAGCUGUUUGAGCGAUCAGAUUUUGGUCUUCUCCGAGUGGCUGGCUCAAAGCCAUCUUUGAACACUUUCGUCUGACCAUAAGCAUACAACAUACUGUGCCACACGUCAUGCUUUUUCCCCUGUGCAUGGUGUGUUGUACCGUGACAACCUCACAAUUUCAGGUCCAGAAUACGUGACCUUAAGCAAGCCACUAAAACCGGUCUGGUCUCUGGACAGCUUAAACCAAUGAUACAGUAUGUAGACCUCCUUGGCUUAAACGAAAUGAUGUUGGAUCAGCAGCACUAAUGCUGAAUCCCAAAUGCUCACUACAUACCAGGGGUGCAUUUAUCGAAACCAUAGUUGCUAACUAUGUUAUCUACUUUGUUGUUUGCGAUGCAAUUUCCCAUUGACAACUACCCAAGUUGCUAACUGGCUAACAGCUACGUUUUCGAGAAACGCACCCCAGAGUUCUAUGAAGUAGAAAUAGAAGUACUCUUACAGAUAUAAUUACAUCACUAGUGGUAUGAUAUAUGACAUAUUUUAAAUCCCCUGUAAGAGUAUUUGUACUUGUACAUGAUAUAACUCUGCUACAUACCCAAGUAGUGUUCUACGUUGUACUGAACAAAAACAAAGAUACAACUCUGGCCUAUGUACGUACAUAGUUAACAAGUGACCAUUUCAAACAUCACCUAUCCUCUCUAACCCUCCCUGAAUGUGUAGGAAAUACAUCACGGAUGAUGUGCCUGUUAUCACUGAAACAGACCUUUGACAGGUUGAAUUUUAUGUUCACAGUUGGGUUUUUUAUGUCUUGUUUUUACUGUAAUUAUGUGUACGCCUGGCCAGUUUCAAGGUGACUGAAGGUCACGGGAAAAUUCGAAGAGAAUAGGCGGACUCUGCUGUAAGACUCUUUUAAGUUGCCAAAUUACUCAUUUAAGUAAGCAUUUUUGUGUUUGUCUUUGAAGUUAAAAGCGUCAUGAAUUUUGCACCUAUGAAAAAUAUCCUGUCAAAUAUUGUCUUUUUUUUAUCUGUGGCAUGGACAGAAGUUCUGUUCUGAGGAAAUAAAAUACGGAUACAUGGCAGAUAGAAAUUGUUUUCAAAUAACCUCAUGGCAUUGUCCAUGGACAGUAAAUUUGAAAUGUCUAAUUGCAUGUGUGAGAAGGAUUGCCUUAGAACGCAGGGCCGCUGACAGCUUUGGCUGGGCCCGGGACAAAGACAUCUGAAAGGGCCCCAAACCCAAUACAUACAAUGUAAUGAGGAUCCAAUUCUGGGACCCCUCUCUUCCUGGGCCCAGGACAAGUGACCCC